AUGACUGAAGCGGAAUCUACCAAACCGCUGCGAUAUGUCGAUAUCGGCAUCAAUCUGAGCGACCCCAUGUUCCAAGGCCACUACCACGGCAAAAAGGCACACGAUGGUGACCUCGACGACGUCAUUCAACGCGCCAAAGACAUCGGCUGCGAAAAGUUCAUGGUAACAGGCUCCGACCUGGAAGAAUCACAAACAGCCAUCCAAAUUGCGCGAGACUACCCGGGAUUCUGCUACGCGACCGUCGGCGUGCACCCAUGCCAAGCAAAACUCUUCGACGAGUACCCAGGCGGCCCAGAAAAAAUGAUUUCCGAGCUACGCAAACUAGCCGUGGAAGCCAAAGAAGCCGGACUCGCCGUUGCAUUCGGCGAAAUCGGCCUCGACUAUGACCGUCUCUUUCACAGCCAGAAAGAGCCGCAGCUGAAGUACUUCGAGGCGCAGCUAGAUCUGGCUGUUGAGAUUCAAAUGCCUUUGUUCUUGCAUUCUCGUGCGGCGAGCGAGGACUUUGAACGACUUCUUUCUUCGCGGUUGCCGAGCUUGCCGAUGGGUGGUCUCGUGCAUAGUUUUACGGGGACGAUAGAGGAGAUGCAGAGGCUUGUUGAGCUGGGUGUUGAUAUUGGGAUUAAUGGGUGUAGUAUGAAGACUGAGGAGAAUCUUGAGGUUGUGAAGGCUAUACCGUUGGAGAGGCUUCAGAUUGAGACGGAUGGGCCUUGGUGCGAGAUUCGACCUUCACAUGCCUCGGCCAAGUUCCUGCAAGGCGCACCGGAACUGCCCAAGUCUGUUAAGAAGGAGAAGUGGCAGAAGGGAUUUAUGGUUAAGGGGCGGAAUGAGCCUGUUGCUAUUGUGAGGGUUGCGCACGUUAUUGCUCAGGUGAAAGGGAUCUCUGUGGAGGAAGUUUGCGAAGCGGCUUGGAAUAACUCAGUCAAGAUGUUCGGGCUUGGGAUCCAGUCUUAG